AUGUUAAAACACAGCCUAUUUUUGUUCACUUUUGGACUAACUUUAACUGGAAAACCUUUUUGGAUAAAAGGUAAGCUUUCUGGUGCAUCUUCUGAACAGCCAUCCGGGCUUUCUGCAUUUGAAAUAAUUAUUCCUCAAAGACUGACAGGCAGAGAGAAACAUCAGCCAUUUUUUCAUGAGGAGUAUUCAGAUGACAACCUUUCUUACUCAUUUAAAACCAGAAAUGGAACAUACCUCCUAAAGCUGAAGAAAAAUAAAAAGCUUGUUAGUGAAGACUUUAUCCUAUAUACAUAUGGGAAAAAUGGGAAACUGGAGGCAACACAACCCAAAACCAAGGCUCACUGUUAUUACCAUGGCACUGCUGAAGGAAUUGCUGGCUCAAUGGUUGCUCUCAGCACAUGUGAUGGGCUCAGAGGAAUUCUCUACAUUGGUGGCAAAUGGUAUGGAAUGGAGCCACUCAACACAUCCAGCACGUUUGAGCAUGUGUUCUACCUGCUAGAAGACAUGCAGGAUGUCCCCUUCCAGUGUGGGGUGCUGAAUGGCAGCCUUCACCACGAGAUGUUUGUGGAGCAGUCUGUGAAAUAUGCUUUUUCAUCAAACAGUACCUCUAGCAGGGAAAAGCUUUUAAGGUUUGUGCUGAAGAAAUCUGAUCCUGCUGCAGUGCAAAAGGAAACAGUUGAGCUGAUUAAUUAUGUUGAUGGGAUGUACAGAGCAUUAAACAUCCAGAUUGUGUUGGUUGGAUUAGAGAUCUGGACAGACAGAAACCGCAUACCUGUAAUGAGUGGCUCAGCUGGAGAUGUGCUGGGAAGAUUUGUGACUUGGAGACAGAAAGAUCUUCUUAAAAGAUCACGAAAUGAUGCCAGCCAUCUCAUCAUAGGGAGAAGUUCUUACAGUGGAUCCAUUGGAAUGGCUUUUGUGGGCACUGUUUGCUCCCAACUCCAGGGGGGGUCAAUUAGCACUUUGAAUCAUAACAAGGUGUUACAUCAUGCUACAGUAGUUGCACAUGAACUGGGGCAUAAUCUUGGAAUGAAACAUGAUGAUAAACGGUGUCCUGGAUCCUUUAUUAUGCACAGCACAGAUAAUGGAUCCAGGAAUUUCAGCACCUGCAGUGCUGAUGACUUUGAGAACCUUAUUCUAAAUGGAGGAGGAAACUGCCUUAGAAAUCCUCCCAAAGCAAGUAAUGUUUACAAAGAACCUGUCUGUGGUAAUAAUGUGGUUGAUAAGAAUGAAGAAUGUGACUGUGGCAAACCACAGGAAUGUACUAACCCUUGUUGUGAUGCUGCAACCUGCAAACUCACGUCUGGAUCCCAAUGUGCUCAAGGAAUGUGCUGCCAAAACUGCAAGUUCAAAGUGGCAGGAGCAGAGUGCAGAUCCCAAAUGGAUGUCUGUGACCUCCCUGAAUACUGCAAUGGAAGCAAUGCCUACUGUCCAGAGGAUGUUUACAUCAUGAAUGGUUUCCCUUGUGACAACAUGAAGGCCUAUUGCUACUAUGGAGUAUGCCAGAGUUUUGAUUCACAAUGUGAAGCUAUAUAUGGAAAAGGGGCAAGAAAAGCACCUGAUCUAUGCUUUGAAAAAGCCAAUAUUAAAGGAGAUAGGUUUGGAAAUUGUGGAAUGAGAGGUGGAGUGUACAAGAAAUGUCCUGUCCAGCAUAGUCUGUGUGGCAAGCUGCAGUGCACAUCUGUUAGUCUCCAAAAUCUUCCUGCUUGGAGUGUUGUCAAUAAUGCAUCGGGGGUUUUAUGCUGGUCUUCUGACUUUGACUUAGGAUCAGAUGUCCCUGAUCCUGCUCAAGUUCAUGAUGGAACAGCCUGUGGAGAAAGGAAGGCCUGUGUGGGUUUUGAAUGUGUUGAUGCAAGUUAUCUGGGCUAUAGCUGUGAUAUAAAGCAGAAGUGUAAUGACAAUGGGGUGUGUAACAACCUUGGGAACUGCCACUGCAAUUCCGGGUGGGCGCCCCCCUUCUGUAACCAGUCUGGCUACGGUGGCAGCCUUGACAGUGGCCCAGCCCACACAGAUACAUCACUUCGGGAUGGUCUGCUUAUUUUUUUCCUCCUUGUGCUGCCAUUAGUGAUUGUUACUGUAUUAGCAGUAAUUAAGCGUGAUGCAAUAAAAAGGAAGUUUUGCAGGAAAAGCAGAAGACAACACAGGGAUAACAAUGUGCAGCAACCAAAGGAAAACAACAGACCAGGUCAAAACACAAUAAAUAAUCAGCCUGCCACAGCAAGCCCUGAAUGUUUUACCAUAUCACAUUUCCCUGCUCCAAGGCAGCCAGUACAAACCUCAUUUCCUGCAGUUCCCUCAGGACCUCAGCAACCUGCUGUCCCACCCAGGCCAACUGUCUGA